AUAGUUAAUAAAACAAAUUACAAAUUUGAGCUUUCAGAUGCCCAUAUUCGGGUGGUGACGUACAUAUUCAAAAUUUCAUAGCUGUAGGUACCGUUGUUUUAUCACAGUAUCUGCAUAAAUGUUAUGUACGUUAAACAUACGUAUAUUUAUGCUGAUUCUUUAUUAUUAAAUAUCUUUAAAUAUAACACACAGCGAUAAUAUUCGGUAGAAACAGUUCAACGCAAAAUGCGAAAACGAAAUUAAUAGCCCUUCUGGGCUAACGCGCUUUGGGAUAAAAACGCAAAAAUAGAACAUAACAGCUUUCAUUGUCAGUGCUUAAAAAAAAAAAAAAAAAAAAAAAAAAAAAAAAAAAUCGAUAGGCCUUAUUUAAUUUAAUAAAAUCGAAAAGUUGAGCAAGUUGCAUAUUUUUGAGAGGAUAAAUAUGCCACGAAACCUUCAAAAUCAUUUUUUAGUUCAUCACGCACGCAUAUCUGCACACAAAAAUAACAAUACCUAUUAUUCUUCUGCAUCUCUGUUUAAAAAUGUUUUAAAAAAACAUAUGUACCGAAAAACAUUUAUUUGUAAAGUAAAAUAUUUUUUUUUUCGAAAAUAUUUUAAAUAAAUUUAAAAAAGAAGAUUUUUCGCGAUCAUAUUUUGCCGCGGUUAAGCCCGUGCAGCUGUCUGUCUGUCUGUCAGGUACUGAAAAAAAUCAGUACCUCGGUACUUACGUGAAAACGUGGUUUGGACUUUGCCAAAGCUAAGUUUACUUUUAAUCUAUUUUCAUCCAUUACAUUUUUUAAUAUUAUUUUUCACUUGAAAUUUGUUUUAAUACUUUGUUUUCAUAGAUACAUAUCAUUACUAUUAUUUUUAUUUUCCUUUUUUUUUUUUUUUUUUUUUUGUAACAGUACUUUCUAGUUUGAACUUUUCACUUCUCUAUCUUCCUAUAAUGAACUAAUAUUGUUUAAUUAAACUUAUAAUUACUUUUCAUCUUUAUUAAACUUUUUUAUUUCUGAUAGUUUUGACUUUUGCAUAAUUGCCAAGUUUCUGAAAUUUCUAACAAUAAAUUUCAUUAAACUAUUUCUGUCACUGUACUGACUUUUUUGAAUAUGGCUUCUUUGCAUGAAAAACUGAAAUAUUUCUGUUUAAUUACUGACAUGCAUUUAAUUAAUACAGAGGCAGCUGCACUCGAGUUUGCCACCGAUGCUGGACUUCUUCCCAGAGAGGAUGAGGCACCACCUUGCCCCAAGUGCCAGGCACCGAUGAGAAGCAACAAGAGAAAGGAAUCAAAGCUGGGAUGGCGUUGGGUCUGCAGCCUGAGAAAUCGCAACAACUGCUCUGGCAUGAUUAACCCCAUUGAAAACACCUUUUUUGAAGGUACAAAAAUCCCAAUAAGGGAAGCUUUAGUCAUAACUGUGUACUUUGUUCUAGAUCACAGUUUUAGCUACAUAAAUCAGCAGCUAAAGCUAUGGAGGGAAAAGCAAAAAUUACCAGUAAUUGCAAAUGAGACUAUUGUUGACUUUUUAUCAUAUUGUCGUGAGGUAUGCGAAAUGAAAAUCUAUAUUAAUUGAUGAAACAUUUUUGACCCGCCGCAAGUACAACCGCGGCAGGGUAACCAAAAAUAUGACCAUCGUAGUUUUAGGCAUCUACUGUCGAGAAGACAAAGAAGGAUUAUUUUUCAAGGUUAAAGGAAAAAGCAAAAGGCAUUUGUGGCCUUACAUUAAACGUCAUGUUCACCCAGAAACCACCUUCAUAUACACUGACUCUGCUCCACAAUAUAAAAGGAUAGAAAAUUUAUUUCCGGCAGCAACACAUAAAACUACCAAUCACAAGAAAGGCGUAUUCGUAGAUCCCGAUGAUAAACAGAACACUAUAAAUGAUCUUGAGGGUGAAAACAAACUUUUUAAGAGGUCUAUAAAGAGCAAGAGAACAGAUGAUAUUUGCACGCAGUACAUGGCUGUACAUUAUUACAGGCGGUUCCGCUUGAAGCCCUUUACUUAUGAUGGAGAAAGACUUGCUCAGUUUCUACAGGACAUUAAAGCUGUGUAUCCAGGCCAUGGAAAAGUCGGCCUUGAACUUAAAAUGUUGGACGAACCAACAUCAGAAAGCGAAGGAAUUGAGGACCUGAUGCCUCCAAAGAAAUCAGCCCGACAAGAUGAUGAUAUACCAUUCAUUCAGGAAGAUGAUGAUAAAUGGGAGUAAGGGAACACAGACCAAGUUUUAAAACUGGAAUAAAUGAUAAGAAAAGCAUACAAGUAAAUUGUUUACUAUAAUUUGUGUAAAUGUUCAGAUGGUCCACAAAUUUUGAUUUAAUACCUUUUUGUUUUUCACUACAUGAAAUUGUUAUUUUUUAUUUCCUUUUAGAAUUCAACCAAAAAACAGAGCCCAGAAAACAAAAGGAUGGAAAUGUUGCGAAAAUGUUGCAUAUCUUUUACAGAAAGAGGUAAAUGUGUAUUUCAGUUAUUCUCAACUUUUAUUUUGACGUGAGAGCUAUUCUUUAUAUAUUUUGUUAUUCCUUCAUUAAAAUAAACUUUCUUUCACAGCUGCAGAUCCAAAAUGUCAUGAAAUACUAUGACAGAGGUAAGACAAAAUUUUAACCAUUCACAGCUUAUGUUUCAAAUUAGUGCUUCACUUUAUUUUAAUACUACUCCUUCAGUAAAAGCAACUGUAAAAUUUAUUUAGUUAUUAUUAGUAUAAGUUUACCUACUUAUUUUUCAGUAAAAAAAACUUUAUUGCAAAUUAGGUAAUCCAAAAAAAUAAAUAAAAGAAAGAAGAAAACUAAUUUUGACAGAUAAAUUGACAAACAUAGAGGUGAGUUGAUUAAUUUAAAGGUUUCCAGCCUACUUCUUACCAGAAAACAUUUUAUUGUUAAGGAUAAUUUAUCACCCCUUUCAGGUAAAGAAUAUUGCA